AUACCCAUUUUUGUGUAUAUUUACUUUGUUAAGUUUCAAGUAUUCAAAGAUAUAGAAAAUAUGUCACAUUAUGUAUCAUUUGGGUCUGUAACUGGUAGCUAGCAUUAGCUGACUAGCCAGAAAGAUAGCUUUGUCGCAGAAGUUAAAAAAUUGUUGGGAUAAAGUUAGCAGCUAGCUAGAUAAUUAAACCUAAUGGUAGCUAUUAUUAUGUUAUGUGUCAUGUCGCUAGCCUAGUAACAGUGUUAAAGAGCAAGCUGACGUUACUGGGCUAGCUAGCCGAGGGUGCAACUGAACAGUCAGAAGAUUAUGGAUAUACUGACAAAAUGCAUGUCUCUCUGCCUUAACAAUGGGAGCCGUCCAGCUCCCGCCUAUCGUUGGGCUCCGGAGUGGGGCAGCGGUCUAAGUAACUGCAUCUCAGUGCUAGAGGCGUCAUUACAGACCCUGGUUUGAACCUGGACUGUAUUACAACCGGACGUGAUUGGGAGUCCCAUAGGGCGGCACACAAUUGGCCCAGCGUCGUCCUGUUUGGGGUUUGGCCGGGGUGAAGUUUUGUACAGGGAGAAAAUUCAAUGGAAUCCUCAGCAGACAAGCAGUCUAAGGCACUCCUUGACAGAAUGACCAACUCUCAGACCAAUGUUAGAGUAUCUGAACAGCAUGAAUGUCCAGACGGCCAAAGCACUGCAGCCCACAGGGGUACUGAGCAGGGGGACGAUGCCUUCUUUGACUGUGAGGAGUCUCUGAAUGGAGCAGACGGCUCCAUGGGUGACAGACAGAGAAGGACUGACUGUUCAGAAGACCCUGCAUUAUUCCAGGAAACAGAGGGAUCACCAAUCACAGAGAAAAAACACGUCAGUGCAGAGUUAGGAGGAGAAGAAGCCGAGUUGUCAGGGGAGAGAACUACAUUAUUGGGAGGUGAAGAAGAGGAGGGAAAAGAAACUUGGGAUGAGUGCACCGAAGAAGACAAGAGUAUGGCUGUUGAAGGGGGAGAUUCUGAUACUGAACUGAAUGAAGAAGAGAACGCUCCUCCUGAAUUUGAUGAGGAGUAUCUGAGACAAGUGGAAAAAGACAUGACCGAGGAGGAAACAGAGAGCCGCAGAGCGGAGAGCAUGAGCCUGAAGGACAAGGGGAACAGUCAGUUCAAGAGUGGAGAGCACACUGAGGCAGAGGAGUCGUACACUGCAGCUUUAGGAUUAUGCCCUGUGUGUUCCAGCACGGAGAGAGCUGUCCUCUUCUCUAACCGUGCUGCUGCCCGCAUGCACCUGGAUAAGAAUGAGAGAGCCAUCGCUGACUGCACCAAGGCCAUAGAGUUGAACCCAAACUACAUGCGAGCGAUCCUGCGGAGGGCAGAGCUCUAUGAGAAAACAGACAAGCUGGAUGAGGCUUUGGAAGACUACAAGGCUGCUCUGGAGAAAGACCCUGACCUGCCUUCAGCCAGAGAGGCCUGCAUGCGGCUUCCACAACAGAUCCACGAGCGAAAUGAGAAGCUGAAGGACGAUAUGAUGGGCAAACUGAAGGACUUGGGCAAUAUGUUCCUGCGGCCAUUUGGUCUGUCCACAUCAAACUUCCAGGUAAACCAGGAUUCGGGCACUGGAUCCUACUCUGUCAACUUUGUUCAGAAUCCUAACAACAACAACAACAGAUCACAGCAUGAGGAGCCUGUCUGAGAGCCGUCGUCACACCUGGCUUGGCCACUCAUCCUCAGAGCUAAGAGUUGGACAGUCAGGACCCUCCACUAGUGUGUCAGAGUGGGAUCCAUUUGGAAAUUUAAAAGACAGUCUUUCAUGGUUAAAUAAGAUUGUGUGUGAGAGACGGUGGGCAAUCUGAAAGGGCCAUUAAAUGAUCAGUGACUGGUA